AUGUACGUCGUUCGCAAGCGUAUCUCGCAACCGAGAAACUGGACGAUUGCUUGGCAGACUAUGACAAGAUUCUGGAGCUGGAACCGUCGCUCACGCAGUACGCGAGCAAACGCCGGCAACUGGCGAAGCGGAUCGAAGAACGGAACGAGAAGUUGAAGGAGGAAAUGCUGGGGAAGCUGAAGGACGUGGGGAACAAAAUCCUGGGCAAAUUCGGGAUGAGUUUGGACAACUUCAAGAUGGAGCAAGACCCCGCCACCGGCGGAUAUAGCAUCAAAUUCGAGAAA